AUGGAGCCGCUGCAGGAAUAUCUGACUGAUCUGGUGGAGCCACAGCACCGCCAGAAGGUCAACAUUAUACCUGAUCACAUAACAAUGCUGCAUUCAACUAAAAGCAAAAAGCAGCUCAGUCGCAAGCGACGUGCUCACAAAUCCCGCACACUGAGCCGCCGGGACUACGCCAAGCUAGGCCUCCACACGCUCCCCACCCGGCAAAUGCGUUAUGAACAGGCCUUGCCGCUGCACAAGCUCUGGAAAGGCUAUAUACGUGAGCAUCUCGAUCUGUCUGAAGGCGAUUUGGUGCCGGAGGUUCACGAUCCCCGCUACGAAGAGUUCAGCAAGCAAUUGGUUAAGAUAGAUCUGCACGGCGCCCAGUUGCGAGUGAUUCAAUCGAAAUGUCCAACCCUAGUGGGUCUCUCGGGCAUUUGUCUGCUGGACUCAAAGAACGUGCUGAAGCUGUUGGGAGAGGAUCAUCGGUUGCGUACGAUUCCGAAAAGCGAAUGCGUUUUUGGCAUGCUUGUCGGAAAUAUGGAAUUUACGAUAUUCGGACAACAUCUGAACAUACGGCCGGCGGAGCGUAGCGUGAAAAAGAUUAAGGGCUUCAUCGAGCCCUUUAUGUAGUCUUAGUUAUAUUGCAUUUACAUUCAAUAAAUCAAAUUCCAUCUAUA